UUAAAAAUAUUUUUGGUGACAAUGUGAAGAUGAAGAUGUAUUAUAAACUUUGGGAUUGGGUGCAUUUAUGUGGACUUAGGUGCAAAUACAUCUUUUUGUCAUCUUUAUUUUUGGAAUAUCAGGGUAAUAUUGCGGUCUUUUUGUAAUAUUAAUACUUUUACAAAAUUAGUCUAGUUCUCCAUUAAAAGUUGCACAAGUGACUCCAAAGUGACACAGCAAAAUUGACUUUUGAAUUUCUUUACAACCUGAUAAAGUAGGUUAGGAGGAGGGGAAGCAAGUGGCCAAGUAAAUAAUGUUUUGAAGUUGAGCUUUCAUGUCUACAGCCAAAACACUAUAAUCUUAAUGUAUUGGCCGUGCACCAGGGAUACUGUAGUAAAAACUCAAUUUCAAGAAUAUCUGUGUCUAUAGUAUACAAUAUACCAUAUCAUAAAAAUCAUGAACGAAUGGUGUAAAAGAAUAUUGUUGAUGAGAAUAACAAUACCAUAAAGGAAAAAUACAGUAGGCACCAUUGGCAGCUACCUUGCUUCCUCUAAACCCUGCUCCCUCACCCUACUUUUCUGCAUUCCAGCUGGAGACUAUAAUGCAAUAAAUGCAUGUUAAUACUUUUGACUGUUUUAUUUAAGUUACUCCACCCUAGCAGUUCCUUAACACCCUCUGAAAAUUAAGAGGGCAAAAUUGAAGAAAUUAGUAAAGAGGUGCUGCUCUAUCAGCAUCCACAACUGGGAUGCUGUAAUUCUGGCACAGUGUUUCUCAACCUUGGCAGCUUGACAAAAUGUGUACUACGGUUCCUAGAAUUCCCAACGCAGCGUUCUGGGAAUUGAAAUCAACCCACCUCCAAGCUGCUACAGUUGGGAAUCGCCUAGGGCGGUAGUCGGCUCCUCGGCUACGAAAGGCAGCGUGCGACCGGAUUCUUAUCUCAUUCUUAUCUCUUUCUCUUCUAAAACCAAAUUGGCGGGGCUCCCUCUGAGCGGCGAGCUCCUGACAGGGCUAUAGGUUGCGAUGAGCCGCGAGGGCGGAGGAAAGAUAUAAAUGCGGCGGGGAGGGAAGCCAAGGGGAUUAGUUGAGUCGUCCUCCUCAAGAAGCGAAGCGAGAAGAGUGCUCGAGCGAAGCGGGUAGGCUGAGAGGCAGCUCCUGGAAAAGCCGGGUCGGGAUGAAGGCUGCGGUGUGGGUGCUGCUGGGCUGGAUGCUGAGUGGGAAGAGCUUCCAGGGAGAAGCCCAGCCGCUUAUCAAAUGCUAUGAAGAAGAUGGGCCUCAUCCUGAGUUGGAACAAGAACAUAGAUUCACACCAGCAGAUCUUUUUAAUAUCAGCAUCAAGAUUGUUGAAAUUCAAGGAAUGUGUAACUUCAACAUAACUUGGAUCCUUAAUGCAGACGCUAGUAUACAAUACUUGAAGGCAACCAAAAUAUGUGAAUUAAAUCAAGGCUGUAUUCGCUGUGACUACUUAGAAGCAUUUCAAAGUCAAACCAAGUCUGAGCAUCAAAAAGUAAGAGUGCAAUUCAACUUUGUUGGAUUCUCUCUAGAAGAAAAUACUAAUUACUUCAUUGGUUACAACCUUCCACCAACAAAUAUAAAUGAGGAUCUCAAAACACAGAUACAGCUAAUUUCUCCAGACUGUGAAGAUAAUAGCUUGAAAUAUUGCAACUGUAUAGAAAAAGGGAGUUUAUGGAAUCCAAAUAUAACAAUAUGUAACAGGGAAUUUGAAAUAGAAGUGAAUUUUACACCUAGUAACUUUUGUUCUAAAUAUAAAAUACAUCUUUGUGACUCUCAUGAAUGCGAUACUUCAAUUCUUCAUGUUGUGCCUUCUACCAAGGGUAACAGUAAUAGAGUUUCUGAAAAAAUAAGAAUGAAUGAUCAAGAAGGAAAGAUGAUAUUUAAAGAGCUAAUUCCUUAUUUUCCAGGAUGUCAAAAUGACUGCAAAAGAUACUCAUAUUAUCGAACAGUUUGCAAUGAAGAACCUAUCCUAGAACCAAAAGAUACAGUUUUUAUAGUAACAAGAUCAGAUAUGAAAAAAACAUAUGUUGCCAUAUCCAUCACUUUACUUCUGGUAGUGUGCAUAGUUGCUGCUGUGCUUUAUUUCAAGUGUAGGCAUGGUCCAGCAAGUAAACUGCCUCAUUUCCAUCCUAUAACAGCACAAAAACCCACAACAAUUCUUGUUGUAUAUUCUCAAGAAGCCUGUUUACAGCAUACCGUCCUAUGUUUUGCUGAAUUUCUACAGGAAUACUGUCAAAGUAAUGUUAUAAUAGAUCUGUGGCAAAAACGGAGAAUUGCUGAAAUAGGACCUGUGCAAUGGCUCGCUACUCAGAAAGGAAUUGCUGAUAAAGUCAUUUUUCUUUGCUCAACCCAUUCAAGUGCUUUGUGUGAUUCAACCUGCAAGAGCAUUAUAGAAAACCAGAAGAAUUCUGAAUGUAUGUUCACUCUUGCAUUACAUUUCUUCUGCAGUGAUUGGAAAAUGGAUUCUUCUCUUUGCAAGUACAUGGUUGUUUCUUUCAAUGAAACACAUCCAGACCCAGUUCUCCCAAGUCCAUUGAGCAUCUGCCCAAAUUAUUUUUUAAUGAAAGAUAUAAACUCCUUUUGUAGAGAUCUUUACUUUUCACAGAGUAAGAGUUAUAAAGCUGCAAAGGAGAAGUGGAACUGGAAAUGUAAGAUUAGGCCUGGAUUGCAGGUAUAGUAUUUAAAUAGAAAUUGUUACUUGUUUCUCUUCUAACUAUAAAAGUGAAUUAUAAGUUGGAAAACUUAUACUACAGUUUUCAAUACCAUCUUCUGUACUUACGAAUGUGAAUGGUAACAAUUUUAUAAAAGAUAUGGUUGCUAAUUCAUUGCCAGGGAUUAAAAGGACUGUGUGGGAGAUGACCAGGCUGAGCCUGAGGCAGGAGUCAAAUGCGUUAUGAGUCCCUGCAUGCCUACAAGAGAUCGAAGUCCAAACCCCCUUGAAUGCCUUAAUUCCCACUCAUUUCCCUUGACUGUUAGAAGCUCAGAUUUUUGUAGAGCUUAAGUUUACAAUAUAUCUUUAAUAUUCAUUUGAACUGCCUGAAUUCCCUGAUUUCCCCAGAGCUUGAUAGAUUAGCGAUUAUAUUUAAAUCACUGUACAGUUCAGGCCCAUGAUGUCAUCUCAAGCAUUUCAUUUGCACAAUAUAAAACUUUAUUACUCCAAACGCCUAUUGUUUCUUCCUCAUAAACUCUUCUACUGACUCAUCUGCUCAUAAUUUACUGGCAGCUAAAUGUGUUGGUCAAAGCUCAGAUAUGCAUUACUUCAGUCAGAACUUACAAAUCAUAGCUGUUUUCUUCUAC